UUAUUAGUAUAUUUUACAUGGCAGCAUUAGAACAUCCGGGUGAUUCCAGUGUCCUUGUGUUGAUGGUGAGAAUCAUGGCGGCUCUCGUCAGGAUAAGUUCUGUUUGCUGCAGAGGUAUCAGUCCUCUGUUGUUUCGUUCUUCCUCCCUCAUCAGACCUUUGGCUGUACAGAAGAAGGAUCGAGACUGUCCAUACUUGAUAUCAGCUAAGAUACAUGCUACUCCAUCCAGUUAUGCGGGCUCUGGGUCCAAAGCUGCUUCCCUGCACUGGACAGGAGAGCGUAUCCUGAGCAUAGCUCUUCUGGGCUUGGCACCUGUUGCGUACUAUUACCCUGGCCCUGCUGUUGACUACUCUUUAGCAGCAGCACUUACUCUACAUGGUCACUGGGGUCUUGGGCAAAUUGUAACAGAUUAUGUUCACGGAAACUUUAAAAUCAAGAUGGCUAAUGCUGGCCUCUUCCUUCUGUCAACCGUCACCUUCGCUGGCCUGUGCUACUUCAACUACCAUGACGUGGGGAUUUGCAAAGCUGUGGCCCUCUUGUGGAGUAAAUGACUGAAAUGAGAUGAAGGUGCUGUGGGAUCCGCUUUCGGCAUCGGAGUUCCAGUUUAUUCUAUACAAUUGUGAUGUGUUAAUUCUAUAAAUAUAUAAUUUUUGGCAACAAUCUGUUGAUUUGCAGGUGUUUUUAAUUGUUAAUGUUGUCAGUUUUUUCAGAACAUGCUCUGCUUUUGUUUAAGAAGGAAAUCUCUGCAUGUGGUCCACUCUCUUGUCGGUCAAAUCAAUGUUUUUGAUGCAGCAAACACAACUAAUUAUUGUGGCUACAAUAUGCUGGUCACUGUAUUUUAAAAUCAUUACACCAACAAUAUUACAUUUUUGCAUGAAAAUGAUCAGGAAAUAAAUGUUUUGGUCAUAUUUAUUGCAUAAUAUCUUUUUGUCAGCCAUUAUCUGAUGUGUUACAUAAUAAUAUCUUGAGUUGGUUGUGUCAUCACAGCAUAUGCAGAAUUAACUUUACACAGGUAUUGUAACAUGCACCUUCAUAGUCCUUCAUUAAUGACCACAACAUCUGGAGAAUUGUCACAUUGUAUUUCUGUGUCACACUUUUCAUGGCUGUAUUUCUGCUCAAGUUAGUAAUCAUUCAUGAAAGGAAAUUUGUAAUUGGAUGUGCUUUGCACAAAAAAAAAAACCUAUCAUUUUAAAUUUCUUAGAUGUAAUUUAAUAAAACUGAGCUUGUGUGGGUAAUGAUGUAAAUAGUAUCUAAAUGACAAAAUGUGUGUUUUGGAUCUAAGGGUUUCUACAGAUAUUUUUCCUGAUUGACUUUGAUGGGAAUACAUUUUGGACAAAGAUUUUGCAAGUCCUGUUGUAAUGUUCUUGCACACGUCUGAAAACAACAUUGAGUCUGUCUGUUUAAAGUGCUAUGGACAUUUGUGUAAUAAAUCUGUAUGACUAGAUUUCUAUGCAGAUCGAAACUUUAGGUAAAACUGUGCACUUAAGAAUAAAGUCAGUUUUUUGUAUUA